CAGUCUUUGAGAAACCUUGACAGUGCAAAGUAUAAUCUUGAAAAGUAUAUCUACUGCAGACUAUAAUAUCGACAAGAAUACUUUCGUUUCGAAUAAAUUACAUACGUAGAUCCUCGAUUUACCAGACCAUUUGGAGGGGACCAGUGUCUGCUGAUACCGAAAGUCCGCUAAAUAGGAUAUUAGUAAAUAAACUGUAUUUUCUGACCUUUCUGUCCUGCAAAUUUAAAUAUAUAAUACAUAUAUAUGGUAUAUAGAAUAUGUACGUUCAUACAUAUACAUAUGUAACGGAAAAUGUAUGUAAUAAGCUACAUAUAUAAUUAGUAAUAAAAAAUAUAUAAAAAGUCGAAAUUAAAAAUAUUAAAUAUUGUAUUCAGUUAAAGUAUCUACUAAAUCCAAAAUCGAUACGUUGGAGUUUGUUAAAUCGACGGUUUAUUGUAUUGAUUUUUAUUGAAUUUUGUCUUUCCUUGUUAUUUUAAAUAGAUCCACACUUUCAUAUUUAAGUCUUGAUUAUAUUCACCCGUUUCUUUUAUCCGGACCUCAUCCGAUACCUGAAUUAUUAUGAUCCUAACACUAUGUAUGUGAAAAUUAGAUUAUUCAAACCUGAGGCAGUUUAAGUUCAUUAAUAAAUAAAUAAUAAAAUCACAUAAGUGUCAUAAACAGCAAGCUACCCUAAUGAUUUUAUUUUCUCAAGCUAUAUUUAUCAAAAUUGAAUAAGUAAAAUCGGGUUUUUUUAUUCGAACAUACAGCACUGACAAAUGCAAUGUUGCCAAAUCGAAUAGUAUUUUGGUUCGCGUUCAACAUUCCGCUGUUCGACCAAUGUAGGAACAGCGCUGUGGAUUGUUUGUCAAUACCUAUCUUUGAGUUCGUUGAUUUUUACUGGGUUUUACGCGUAAAGCAAUCAUUUUACGAUGACACGAAAGAUCAAGAAAGUAUCUUGACUAUUAAUACAUCGGAGUGUUUAUAAAAAUAGUGCACGCGUGCGACGCACACGGAUGUAAUACUGUCAAGGCGAGAACAUUGUAUAUGUGGAAUAAUGCUACUUUUAUAUGCAAGUGAGGAAUUCCAUCUGUUUCAUUAAAGAAGAGGAUGUUUAAAAUGUUUUCAUUGUAAAAGCCACCGGAAACUUCCUACCUCGAUUAAACUUUCUUUUAAUUGCACGGUUUAUCAUGGAUAUGUAGAAUCUGUUUCGUAAGUUGAAGGACAAACAUUUAUAAUAGAACAGCAAAAAGGAAAAAAGACGGAUAACCCUUGAUGCAAAAAAAGUUCCAUAUAUUGGCACUUUUUAUCGAUACCCUCGGAAAAAUGUACAUCAGAAUGUCGCAGCAAAGAAUAAUAGAUGGCUUGCAUAGUAAAAAUGACUAUAACCAACAGUUGUGUAUCUUAUUUAGUUGAUGCACAAAUUAUUGUCUUAGGCAAUUGUCAAUUUUCUUUAUUGCAUAUCUUUAUCUUGCUCUUUUGGAGCAGUCUCAUUAUCAUAAAGUAUCUGGUAUCCAUAAAAUCACUUUUAAUGAGGCUGAAGGCACAUAUAGGAAGGCGAACUCUCUUUUGAGAAGGUACUGCGUACUACAACUGAGUUUCAUGAACAAUGAACCAUUCGGGAAGUGGAAAACGUCAGGCGAAGGUUUUGGAAGAAAAUUACUGGGACUGCAGUGUUUGCACAUAUAGAAAUACGGCAGAAGCAUUUAAGUGCCUCAUGUGUGACGUCCGAAAAGGAACCUCGACGCGGAAACCCCGCAUUAAUCCCCAACUCGUGGCACAACAGGUUGCUCAGCAACAGUAUGUGCCACUCUUGAAACCAGGCAAGAAGGAAGGUGGUAGUGGGGGCAGUACAACUAGUAGUGGUAAAGAAAAAGACCGUAAAUUGGAUAAACCGAGGCGUAAAAAUAGGCACCCGCCGCGUCUCAAAAAUAUAGACCGUAGUACAGCCCAGACCAAUGAAGUGACAGUAAAUAACGUUACUGUCGUUAUUACAGAAUACAAACCCAAAGUGAAAAAGAACUCUGACCAGUCUGGUUUGUCUAGCAGUGCUUCUUCUGAAAAUGGAAGUCAGCACGACUCGAAUCAAGACUCUCGAAGUCUGGAUAUAGGAACGGACGCUUAGCUCAAUGCUAUUUCAAAUAUGUGUAUGAAUUAAUCUAAAUUAUAUAUUACAUACUGUAUGUUUCUUCACGGACCGUGGUCCAUUAUGUAGACAAAACGACCAUUUCGUCUAUAUGUUACGGAUUACAUAACAUACAAUGAAAUCAGACGUGUUAUGCUAUCAGUGGAAUCAUUGAAUUAUGUCUUCAAUAUAAUAUACAAAAAAUAUGUCGUGCAUUGUUGUUUCACGCUGACAUCAAAAUUGUCUCAUAAAACAGAAAAAUCAGCUGUACUUAAUCUAUUUAUUUUAUAUACUGUCAGUAUUCUAAAUUAAUGUUUUAUUGAUCAUUUUAGAUAAUUUUAUUUGUGCGACUUUGGAUAUUACUUACUUUACUUGUAUGACAUUGUCUAAAACAAUUUCAUUAUAUGGCCUUGAUAGGGCAAGUAGACUUUGAUAUACCCAUUGUUGACAUAACGAUGUCUACGUAACUUUCACUGAAUCUAUAACACCACUGCCAGAAAACACGUUGUAAGAUUUAUUGUUGAUUAGAAUAUUUUAAUGAAUUCAGUUGUGUAUAAUAUGACAUAUUUGUUUAUUUAAUAAUGAUUGUGACGAGGAAUUAAGAAACUGGCAUUGGUACGUGCAUACCUUUAUCCCAUUCCAAAUUAUCUAUAAAUUCGAUCUGUUCCAAGCUUUACAUUUUAAUAGUAAUUAAUUCCACCAAUAUAAAACAUUAAUUUAUAUAUAGAUAUAUGACAAAGUAUGUAACAUAACGCAUAACAACAUAAAUUGACAUAAGUGAACCAUGGUUUUAUACAUUUUAGAUAAUAUCAGAGUCAAUAACAAAUAACUUGUUAAUUUGACUAUUUGUAAUUAUUAUUGUUAAAACACGGCAGAUAUGAUAAUUAUAUGUACUUCUUUAAUGCCUAUGUUUUCAUAGUAAUAGAUCAUGUAGAUUCUAUUAGUCAAAAAUAUUUGACCAAUUUUCGAAAUACACAUGGAUUUCCUUACAUAGUAAAUAUUGUAACAUUGCUAUACUAUACGAGAUCAUUUUCUUCCUUUUCUUUUUACGUUAGUAUCGAUCACAGUACAGCAAAACAGCUAUUAAGCUAGCUCAUAAUAGAAACUGCCCUAUCACGUGUAACUGUGAUUUAUAAUUCUUUUUAUAUUUAUUUUUACAUGUUUUACGUUACCAGGUAAGAAACAGCAUUAUUGACUUGAAUUAUACUAAAUUGUGACUCUAAGGACCAUAAAUAUGAUUAUUUCGUAAGUGCAUGGAGUUAUAAGAUGCUACAACCAAUUCUUUUUAAAAUCAUGUAAAAUAUUUGUAUGCUAGUUAGAUUAAAAUAUAAAAUGUGUAAUUUGUCA